AAUUGGCGAAGGUGGAUUUGCAAAGGUAUAUUAUGCAACAUGGAUUGAUGACUGGUAAAAUAAGAUAUGCUAAACAAGAUGAUGGAAAAUGGAAAAAAUAGGUUCUGAACCUAUAAAAGGAUCACGGAAUAUGUCACCUGAAUAUUUAAAUAAGAUACUUCAAUCUACAGUUUAUUUUAUAAUUACUGUACAUAAUUUAUUAUUUUUGAAUAAUAGCUUAAAAUAUAUUGAAGUUUAUGCUCGAAGGAUACUAUUUAUUUAAAAUUUUAUU